AUUUUGUGGCGUCACACGAAUCGUUUUCAGUCAUAAAUUUGCUUCGUUUGCGUGACUAAAAACGAGACAUUUUGUCAAAAAUGGCGCAGUCCACUCGACCACUGAAUAUUUUGCUACCCGCUCGAAAUACAGCAGAGUUCAAUGCUUUCUUGGCACAGAUUGCUGACCAAAUAACAGAGGAAGAGUUGGAGAAAAUGAAAUUUCUCUGUGACGGACCACAAACCAAUAAUUAUUUACCACGAGAAAAGCUCCAUGCUAUCAAAAACCCACGCGAGAUUUUGAGCUUCUUACGCCAUCACGAUAAAAUCUGCCUAGAAGACGUGUCCUAUUUGGUAUGGCUACUUAGAAACGUCGGACGCGAUGAGCUAGCCGCUUCAAUCGAGGAACAAGGUGUACCGUCGUCGCCGGGUGGUUUACCACGAAAUCUUCCGUAUUUAACCGCACACUUUGUUGGAAGAGACGCGGACGUAGAUAAAAUCUUACAGAAACUGCAAAUCUUUCGUAUGGUUGUUCUUCUUUCUAUCCCAGGAAUGGGGAAGACUGAAGUUGGAAUCCGUGUAAGUCACUUGUUAAAGCAGAGGGGUGACCAGUUUGUAACACAUAUUCGAGUAGAAAGUCAUCAUCAGAAGCUCGAAGACAUCUGCAGUGAGAUUCUUGAUCGAUUGAGUAGUCGCACCUAUUCGGAAACCGCUAAUUUUACGUCUCUUGUGAAGCGUAAACUAUCGGAGCGAAAUAUCCCAACUGUCAUUGUCCUAGACAAUACAGAGAAUAUACAGAGCGAGGAGUUUGAUGAAUUCGCUCAAUGGCUCGUGAAAUCUGCCCCGAAUGUAAAGUUGGUAAUUACUACUCGAAGACACGUUGGAUUCGUGUCGCCAGACGUAUGUAAGUUUCCUCUCGAACCUUUGGAUCCUGACUCGUCUGCUAAACUGCUUCGGAGUCUUGUUGAUGACUGUAGUGAGGAACACUCCAAGGAACUUGCUAAAUUAUGUGGUGGGAUACCACUCCUUCUUGUGACCUGUUCUGACGUGCUGAACAAUGGUUUCAGUCGCGAGCUGUUAAUCCAACAGCUCGUGAAGAAUCCCAUACAACUUUUGAGGGUCAGUGCGAAAGAUGUUUAUGACACGCUGGAAGUAUUUUUUGCCGAUUUUUCCGACGAGGUAAAAGGAAAUCUUGUCCUUUUUUCUGUUUUCCCAUCGGAGUUCACAGCUCAAGACAUUCAGUUUCUUUUUGAAGAUCCUUUACUCUGUGAAACAGUGAAGACUAGGAUGGUCAAGUAUGCUCUUCUUCAGAGGGACGCCGAUGGAAAGAUGAGGAUGCAUCCUCUGGUCCAAGCCUACUUCCGGACAGAGAAUGAAUCACCAGGCAAGGGUGACAUGUGGCGUGCCACACAGCGUAAAUUUAACCAUCAUUACCUUGGUCAACUGAGAGUCUUGGGCGAGGAUUUUAUUAGCAAAGAUUCAGCUUUGGUUGCGAUCCUUAAGUUUCGACAGCAGAAAGCCAACAUCAUGGAAGCGCUGAAGAAUUGUCUCGAAGACUCUAGCGAUUUAGAUGACAAAUAUUUCGUUUUAGACGUCGUUAACGGUACAGAAGUGCUGGAUUUUGUGGCAAAAGUUCUAACACCCCCUAAAGAGUGCACAGCGCUGUACCAGAAAUGCUGUGAUAUUGCUAAAGCGUCCGGUGAUAAGAAGAGGCAUGCAGAGAGCUUGAAUUCACUGGGAUUCCGUCGUCUCUGUGACGUGUCUCACAGCAAAGACAGCCCAGAAGAAAACCAAGUCACACUUGCAAAGUUUCAGGAAGCAUAUGACAUGCGCAGGACACUACCAGAGGAGGAACUAAAGUCCCAAACGCAUGCGCACACUGCUAGUAAGCUCGGAGUAUGUUUUGUAUUGCAGGGAGAAGAAAAAAAAGGACGAGAGCUGAUACAGGAAGGGAUUUCAAUAAGAAAUUCUUUAAGUGACUGUUUGUAUGUUGCUGCUGGAUACUGUGACCUUGGCAUUUCUUAUCGACUGAGUGGUGAUCAUCAAAAAGCAAUCGCCAUAUGGAAAGAGAACACUCUUCCAGUUUACAAAGAGCAACUUGGUGACCACCCCUGGACAGCUUCAAUUUUGUCCUACAUCGCUGACUCGUACAAGACCCUUGCGGCUGGAAGCCCUGAUCGAAGUUACAUCGACCAGGCCGAGAUGUACUUCAGGGAAGCUCAAGGGCUACGAAAGAGGCUGUUGGGUCAUCAUCUGGAUACAGCUCGUUCGUGCGUACAGCUUAGCGAUGUCUUAGUCCUUCAAGGACAAUUUGAUAAGGCUUUGGAGGAGCUCGUUGAGGCCUUAGUAAUUCAAAACGAUAUUUUGGGCCCCGACCACAAGAUCACGAAGAACACUAUGAGCAAAAGGAGUGAUGUGAUGGAGAAACGAGGAUCAAAUCCUCGUUAAUUGCAUAUUCUCAAAACCGAAACUCGAGGUAAAACUCUUGGGUCUUGAUGAAAAGACUGAGGCAUGUAUACAAAACAUGUCAACUGGUGUCGUUUUGUUACACUUCGUUAAGCGUUUUGUUACACUUCAAAAGAAAAUUACUCUAGUCAUUGCUAAAAAACCUUUCAAUGCUCAUACUAAACCCAUAAGGAUUGAAAAUUAUUGCAUUUUCCUAAUGUUCAUUUGUUUCAAAUUGAGAAGUUUAUGGAGCACAAUUCAGGGAGUAAUCGUGCAAAUAAUCAAACAUAGUUAACUCUGAUUUGUACUAAUUCCUAGACGAGAGAAACUCAGCCAUAAAAUAUUUAAUGUCAGAACAGGCAUCAACCUAAA